CACAGAUCCUCCCCCUCCCCUGUAUUUAACACGACGCACCCAAACCCAACGCCAACGCACGCAGCGCAGGACGCCACCACUUUCCACGCCUCCGUCUCCGCCAGCGAGCUCCUCUCCGCUUCCUCCUCCGGUCCCCGCCGCCGCCCCGCUCCCCAAGACCAAUGGCUGACGGCGAGGACAUCCAGCCACUUGUGUGUGACAAUGGCACUGGAAUGGUCAAGGCUGGUUUUGCUGGUGAUGAUGCCCCAAGAGUAGUUUUCCCUAGUAUAGUUGGCCGCCCUCGGCACACAGGUGUCAUGGUUGGAAUGGGCCAAAAAGAUGCCUAUGUGGGUGAUGAAGCGCAGUCAAAAAGGGGUAUCCUGACCUUGAAAUACCCUAUUGAGCAUGGCAUUGUGAGCAACUGGGAUGACAUGGAGAAAAUCUGGCAUCACACCUUCUACAAUGAGCUGCGUGUUGCCCCUGAAGAACAUCCAGUUUUGCUGACAGAAGCUCCUCUGAACCCAAAGGCAAACAGAGAGAAGAUGACCCAAAUCAUGUUCGAGACAUUCAAUGCCCCAGCGAUGUAUGUGGCUAUUCAAGCUGUUCUUUCUCUAUAUGCCAGUGGUCGUACUACAGGUAUUGUGCUUGAUUCUGGUGAUGGUGUGAGCCAUACUGUGCCGAUUUAUGAGGGAUAUGCACUUCCUCAUGCUAUUCUCCGGCUGGAUCUUGCGGGCCGUGAUCUGACCGACUCCCUGAUGAAGAUCCUCACGGAGAGGGGCUAUUCCUUCACCACAACUGCUGAGCGGGAAAUCGUAAGAGAUAUAAAGGAGAAGCUCGCCUACGUCGCCCUUGACUACGAGCAGGAGCUGGAGACCGCCAAGAGCAGCUCGUCCGUCGAGAAGAGCUACGAACUGCCUGACGGGCAGGUCAUCACGAUCGGCGCCGAGAGGUUCAGGUGCCCGGAGGUGCUGUUCCAGCCGUCGCUGAUCGGCAUGGAGGCUCCUGGGAUCCACGAGACCACCUACAACUCCAUCAUGAAGUGCGACGUGGAUAUCAGGAAGGACCUCUACGGCAACAUUGUGCUCAGUGGAGGGACGACCAUGUUCCCCGGCAUCGCCGACAGGAUGAGCAAGGAGAUCACCGCCCUCGCGCCGAGCAGCAUGAAGAUCAAGGUCGUGGCGCCUCCCGAGAGGAAGUAUAGUGUCUGGAUCGGUGGCUCCAUCCUCGCCUCCCUCAGCACAUUCCAGCAGAUGUGGAUAUCCAAGGGAGAGUACGACGAAUCUGGCCCCUCCAUCGUCCACCGCAAGUGCUUCUAAGCCUUGGGCCGUGUCUUACUCCGUGUCUCUGCACUUUUCCUAUGAUUGAGCUUGUAUCCGACUCCCCUCCAUUGAAGUAUUCCCCGAGCUUUCUGCGGCCGUUUUUACGGAUGAUUUGGCAUUGCCGGAUGAAGGAAAAGUAGGUCCUGUAUCGCUUAAUACAGAAGACGCCGCUUGUUCUUAGUGAUAUACUACUAUGUUGGUUGAUAUUUAGCCGGUGCGCGCGGAGGAGGACCGACGCACCGGUUUCGGGUGUGGGCUUGGGCUGUUGUGUGGCUGCAGAGUGCAGAACGCUGGCUGUGUAUGUAUAAUUAUUUUCUUCCAUCAAGUAUAUUGGUGUGGAAUUAUUAUUAUUGUUAUUACCUUUAGUUGCUUGGUCA